AUGGUAGCAGAAACGCGUUCGAAAGCCCGAGCAGGCAAGACUAGCAACGCCGCCACUGGCGUGAAUAAGAAUGCUGUCCAGGCCUAUGCGGCGAAGGCGUCCGCUGUUGCCAAGAAAAUGAGUCUGAACGAGCAGCUUGAGAAUAGCCCACCGGAACUGCAGCAGGCAAUCAAACAGCUACUCGACGAAAAUGCAGAACUAACUUCAGCGAAUGCAAAUGAAAACUUGAAGCCAGUAGACCAGAUGGAUGUCGACAGCAGCCUCCCGCCCAAGGACGCUGUCCAGCAUGCAGAGGAGUUUGUUGCGCAUAUUAAAGUCGAGGAGGAGCCGAAGGACGUCGGCCUCUUCGUAAGCCAGACGCUAGGGAGUUCUGUCGUUGUUGUCAAUGAGAAAGAUACAGACGAUCCCGGUGACCUGAUGUCUUGGAACGAGUUCACGACAAUUCGAAGUAAAGGCGCUGUGCAGGGAAGUCAUACUUCAUACGGCUAUCUAAGCAGAGGGCACAACCGGUUUUCCGAGGUCAUCGGAGUGGGGCCGCUGAAUGCAGAGAAACUGCAGCUCGUUCCCAGCGCAAAGACCGGAAUAUGUCUCAACGAAACAAGACACAACGUGAAGCGCCAGGCCAUAGAUGAGAACGGGAAGCGAGUGAACAUCAGACCUAUAUUGCAGGGCGUCGCUUGGGAUAUACCGAUCGGGCACGAUGACCCCAUAUUGCUGAUGGACCCUCGAAACUGGGCAACGAAGAAAGAGAAGGGGAACAGUGGAGAAGGAAAGGGCGAAGACGAAAGGAACAAGCCCGGCGCCACAAACAAGUGGCAAGUGAGCAAGGCUCCGUACACGACUCUCAAGAUCAAAUGGCAGAUCAUCGAUGACGAUGCUGGAGCCGUAGGUAAAGGAAAUGCAAUGGGGAGAGUGCGGUUCUUGAAGGAAAAAACAUUCGAGACCAGAAGCACACUUCGAUCUUUGAUCGGCCAAAGGCCUGUCGCCGCUCCCCAAGACUUCAAGCUUGGGGAUCGAGUCCUGAUUGAGAAAGGGACUGUCAUGAAGCAAGCCGAUAUGUGGAUCUACGCAGGAGCCAUUCGCUCGUGGGAACGGCACCAAGAGUGGGAAGAUGGGAAGCGGCCAGCGGUGGCCCGGAGUCCCACCCCAGACGCCGGCCCUAGCCUGGAUGCCGCAAUGGAUGACGAGGAGGAACUGUGA